AUGGCUUUAUUGUCGGAACGAGUGGUAACAGCAGUUCCACCCCCUGCUGGCUAUACGGUCGACUUGCAGCACCCUCGGACUCAGUAUAUCACAGUUUCAUGGGUCGUGCAGAUUGUAGGCCUCGCUAUCGCCUUCUUCUUUGUCAUACAGCGGCUAUAUGUCAAGAUUCAUGUGCGGCGGAGGUUUGGUUGGGAUGAUGACUCACCGUGUGUUAUCGUACAGAGCACGUCGGUUGCCACCCAAGUUAUCAUCUUGAGGUCGAUAGCUGAAGGCUGGAUGGGCAUUCAUGCAUGGGAGAUGCCACUCGAGUCGUUCUUGAAGUUUAGCUUUUGGAACGGCUACGUCAACCUCCUCAUAUACUGCUGGACACCAUGGGCAUGCAAGACGGUGAUUUUGCUCUUCUAUUUGGACAUCAAUAGCGUGUCACAGCGUUUCCGAGCCGCCGUCUACGUCAUCAUGUUCAUUGUCUCGGGGACCUUUGUGAGCAUCUUUUUCAGCUCCAUGUUUGCCUGCAAUCCGAUCCCAAGGGCGUACGAUUCGAGCGUUCCUGGGACAUGUUAUAAUCGGCUGGCCCAAUAUAAUGCCUAUGCUAUUCUUGGGGUGAUCACGGAUCUUAUGAUCAUCUUGUUACCGGUCCCCAUGGUCGUUGGGUUGCAUACCUCCAUCAGGAGGAAGAUUGGGCUGUUGGCGUUCUUUUUAAUCGGCUCGCUGACCUGCAUCACAUCCCUCGUGCGACUUAUCUUACUCAUAAAGGAUCUCAAUUUGGCGGAUAUCACCUGGAAUGGCAUCUAUAUCAACCUGUGGAUCUCUAUCGAGGCCAACCUUCUCAUCAUCUGCUCAUGCCUAUCGACCCUCCGGCUCUUUUUCCAUACCGUCAGCCCGGGCCUCUUCUCGACCCCCAACAACACCACCAACGCGGGGAGCGGGCCUUCGGACGUCCCGCUACAAACAAUCGGCGGCAGCGGGGCAAAGAUGAGACGGAAGCGCUCGGAGUACAGCCGGUUCGGCGAGCCCAGCGACCGCACGAUUUUCGGAACGGCGACGGCAUUCAAUGUGACAAUAGAGGGAGGUGGCGGCGACGGCGGGCAUGAGGUGGAGGGCCACAAGGGCGGUGCAGGAGUGUCUGCGGGUUGGCCCGAGGACAGCUCGAGCGAGACGGCUAUCGUGCAGACUAGAACGACGGAGAUCAGUUUCUCGAAAGCGAGUUGUAAGGGAAAGGACUAA